AUGCAGAGGAGCCCAGUCCUGUCUGAGUUACUGAGCUUCCUGGGGAGGGAGGAAACAGUUAACGUCUCAGGGCAGCUGCAAUCAGCUAGGCGGGGCUCUUUGGUCUGACUUGGGCUCACAGAUCCCAAGCCAAGGGGCAGAGGAAGGACGCUGUAGUCCACAGAGCCUCCAGAUGGCUGAACUGGAUCUGAUUGCCCCAGGACCACUGACCGGGGUCACCGUUCAUCCUUUGGCUCCUCUCGGCCCAGGCCCUGGGUCAGCUAUCCCAGUAGAAGAGGAUGUGGACUCUGUGGGGAAGUCAGAAGAAGAAACCCAGGAGCAGGGCUGUGAUCCUGCAAAGGUCGGGGCUCCUGGUGACGAGGGGUCGGAGGAGAUCCUGUGUGACUUCUGUCUCGGGGCCAGCAGAGUAAGGGCAGUGAAAUCUUGUCUGACCUGCAUGGUGAAUUACUGUGAAGAGCACCUGCGGCCACACCAGGAGAACAGCAAACUGCACAGCCACCAGCUGACAGAACCGGCAAAGGACCAGGAUCUGCGGACCUGCCCUGCCCACCACAGCGUUCUGGUUGCCUUCUGCCACACACACCAGCAGUGCAUCUGCCAGACAUGUGGAGAGGACCAGCACAGGGGUCACGACACGGCCUCCCUGGACGCAGCCCGCAGGAACAAAGAGGCUGACCUCCGGUGCAUGCAGUUGGACCUGGAGCAGAAGCUCAAGCUGAAUGAAAAUGCCAUUGCCAGGCUCCAAGCCAACCAUAAGUCCGUUUUGGUGUCGGUGUCGGAGGUGAAGGUGGUGGCUGAAGAGAAGUUUGGGGAGCUCCUUGCAGCUGUGAGGAAAGCCCAGGCUGAUGUCAUGCUUUUCUUAGAGGAAAAGGAACAGACUGCACUGAAUCAGGUCAACGGCAUCAAGACCCACCUGGAGUACAGGAGCAUAGAGAUGGAGAAAAGCAAGCAGGAGCUGGAGAAGUUGGCUGCCAUCAGCAACACUGUGCUCUUCCUGGAGGAGUACUGCAAGUUUAAGAAGACAGAAGAUUCUGCCUUCCCCAGUGUUUACAUAGGGUUGAAGGAUAAACUCUCAGGCAUCCGCAAGGUCAUCACAGAUUCAACUCUGCACUUAAUCCAGUUGCUAGAGGGUUAUAAAGAAAAGCUACAGGAGUUUUCCAAGGAAGAGGAAUAUGACAUCAGAACUCAAGUGUCUGCCAUUGUCCAGCGCAAGUAUAGGACCUCAAAACCUGAGCCCAGAACCCGGGAUGAGUUUCUCCAAUAUGCAUGUGACAUCACAUUUGACCCAGACACAGCACAUAGGUAUCUUCGCCUGCAGGAGGAAAACCGCAAGGUCACCAACACCACACCCUGGGAGCACCCUUACCCAGACCUUCCCAGCAGGUUUUUGCACUGGCGGCAGGUGCUGUCCCAACAGAGUCUAUACCUGCACAGGUAUUAUUUUGAGGUGGAGAUCACUGGAGGAGGCACCUACGUUGGCUUGACCUGCAAAGGCAUUGACCGUAAAGGGGAGGAACGAAACAGCUGCAUUUCUGGAAACAACUUCUCCUGGAGCAUUCACUGGAAUGGAAAGGAAUUCACAGCCUGGCACAGUGACACAGAGACCCCACUCAAGGCUGGCCCUUUCCGGAGGCUUGGGCUCUAUGUCAAUUUCCCAGGAGGAACCCUUUCCUUCUAUGGUGUAGAGUAUGAUACUAUGACUCUGAUUCAGAAGUUUGACUGCAAGUUCUCAGAGCCAGUCUAUGCCGCCUUCUGGCUGUCUAAGAAAGAAAACACCAUCCGGAUUGUGGAUCUGGGAGAGGAGCCCGAGAAGCCUGCUCCAUCCACAGCAGAGGCUGCACCCUAGAUUCUAGGAUCUGUCUCCCAGACUUUGCUAAUUGUGACAUUUGGGCUGCAGCUGGUAUUUUAAGAUAGACAGAAAUAUCUGCUGGGAGAAGCUGGUUCUGGAAACUGUGUGAGUCUUGAACAAACUUUCUUGCCUUUUCUCAUUACAUUCUUGCAUGAAUGCAGAAACUCUAAGGCACCAAAGCCUCUCCUCAAAUCUAGUCAUGAGUCUGCUCACGUGACUGCCACCCUCCACUCUGAACUUAUGACUAGGGCUCUUCAGCACACAACAGGACUGCAUAGGGAUCAUAAUAAACCACAAACAUAUCAUAUAUUUCUUAUAUUCUUGACAAUGUCUGGAGUGUUUUCUCUGGGUUAUUUCAUAUCAUCUUCAUGAGAUAAACAUUUAUAUUGUCCUCAUGCUACACAUUAAGAGAAGUACCAGGGCAGCUAGCUAACUUGUUCAUGGUCAGUCUGGUCACUCAGUAUAUGAGGGGUAGAGUUGGGAUUCAAGCCUGAACAGGCUAUUGUUGAACUUGUGACUGUGUGUUAAGCUUACCUCAUUAGAUCACUGUGGUGACUUGAAAGAAAAGGGCCCCCAAAGGAAGUGGCCCUAUUAGGGGGUGUGGCCUUGUUGGAGGAAGCGUGUCACUGUAGGGGUGGGCUUUGAGGUUUCUUUUCCUCAAGCUUCCCUCAGUGUGACAGUCAGUCAACUUCCUGUUGCCUCUGAGUCAAGAUGUAGCACUCUCAGCUCCAGGACCACGUCUGCCUGUAAGUUGCCAUGCUCCUCAUCAUGAUCGUAAUGGACCCUGAAACUGUAAUCACACGAGCCACCUCAGUGAAAUGUUUUCCUUAUAAGAGUUGCUAUGGUCAUGGUGUCUCUUCAUAGCAAAAGUCAACCCUAUACGAGACAAUAAUGAACUUUAUGUACAAAGUGUAAACCACAUGCUAAACUUCAUAGCCAACAAACAGUGUCUUCAGCAUCCCUCUCAGAGUUUGCUCAUCUUUUUGCAUGUGCCAGGCUCAGCUUGGUUACCCAGCCUCCCACCAUCCAAGCCCUCGCCCCUCACACAGCAGCAGCAAACACACAGUGUUGAACAGCAAGGGUUAGAACAAAUGUUUUAGUGAGGUCUUUUAGGGAGGAUUCUUUGUCCUCACCUCUAAAGUUACCAAGUCUUCAUGGACUUGUCUAUUUUCUUGUGCAAAAGGAUAGUUCUUCAAGAGUUUGGGGACAGUGCUCACCUCUCCUAGGAGCUAAGUUGAUAAUUUCCUCCAUUGUUCCCAUUUCUCCCCCACACUCUGUUGACCCCAUUCUCUUUUAGACAGAUGACAAACAUACAUCAAGCCUUUAGGCACACCAUCUUUAGAUAGAUAUCUAUGGACCUAACCUAAAGUCCCUGGUGGGAUUUACCAGAAAUAUUACUUCCCUGUCUUUUCCCAUGACCUGUGUCAAUGCAAAAUCUCUUCCUGUUCAACCAGUCUUGUGAUUCUAGACUUUAGAGAGUCUGUACCUUUGUCGUUAAGGAUGUGGGCAGUAUGAUAUUUCAUUGUUUUCAUGUCCUCAUAUCUGCUGUGCUGAGACACUUUCAUGAUCUGUUAUUUAGUACAUUACCUCUCUUUCUAGCAGAAAUAGAUUUUUUUGGCAGAAUCAAGUCUUCUCUUAAGUCUGAAUCUCAUUGGCAGAUAUACUGAUUAUGAUGGGGUCAAAUUCAGAAUGUGGCAGACUUGCUUAACUUCUGGGUUUAGCCACACAUGAGUUACUCAGUGGUAGAGCUGGGCAGUGACACACUUCAUUCUUUGCCUCCUUUUCCCACUGAAUGCAAUGAAACACUUUUUCUUUUCUUUUUAUUUGAGAUAGGGCCUCACUAUGUAGCCUAAGCUGGCCUGGGAUGCACUACGUAUCCUCAAUUGGCCUCAGACUCUCUUUUCUUAGUUUCCCAAGUGCUGGGGUUAUAAGCAUAAAUUAUCAGUGUGAUGCUCAGCUCCAUGAAAGACCUUUCCAGUAGCAGAAAUCUAUGUCUGCAUUUUUUGGAUCCAGCUGUUAAAGAAUACUCUUCAAAAGAGAAAAUCAUAUCAUCUUGGCCAACCCCCUUUUUUAAAAAUUAAAUUUAUUUUAAACUGGACAGUGGUGGUGCACACCUUUAGUCCCAGCACUCCUGAGGUAGAAGUAGAUGGAUCUGUGUGAGUUUGAGGCCAGCCUGGUCUAUAAAGCUACACACAGAA